AUGAGCAUGAGCGGAAAGGUCAAGACGCUGUCUCCAGUCCCACACGCGCGCGACAGACUUGUCCAUAUCACCUUCAGCAACAACCUCGGUGAACGAUACAGAGUCGCUGCUUUUCAUGGACAAACUUUGUAUGAAGCUGCCGUCAAGCACAAAGUGCAACUGGGCGAUCUUCUUACGUGCCAUGUCAUUCUCUCACCCGAUACAUACAAUGCUUAUCCCAAGCCGCUAUCUGAGGAGUUGGAAAUCUUGGAAGGUUUUCCAGAGCGGACACCAACUUCAAGGAUGGCCUCAUUUAUUCAGUUAGAUUCUAGCUUGCCAGAGCCUGUCGUUGCUCUUGGCAAGUUUCAAGAGACAGACAUUCCUUGA